GCUUACGAGAAGGUUGGGCGGUUGGUCAUUUCUUUGUUAUGCUCACUUGGCAUGUAUGUACUCAUGAAUGUACCUGAACAUGUCCUUUUUUGGUCAAUCCUGGACUUUAAAAAGCUUACAACUUGGUACUAUGAGUUCUUUUUUAUGUUCACUGGCCAACACCGAAGUUCAGAUUUUUUGGUAAUACUUUGGAGCACUGACUCGAGAUAACCAACAACAGCUGAUUAAAUUAUCGUUUCGGUCAUACACCUAUUUGGAAGUUAAAAUAAUGAAGGUCAUAAUUGUUCAAAACACAUCAAACACCAUCAGACAACCAUAAUCUAAUCUAACCUAACUUAGAAUUCUAAAAUUUGCUGGAUGAACGAAACAAUAAUAAUAUCUAUUUCAUAGAUGUCCUUUGGACGAUAAUAAAUAAUAGAAACAAUAAAAAACUUUAUAUUUUAAUUAUUAGUAUUUUUUUUCUCAAUGAUCAUAUGUCACCUGCAGUGGGCAGGAUAUGAAGGAUGAGCGAUAUUGUUGGGUAAAACAUGGUGAAAAACUGAUCUUAUGACAUUAAAAUUAUGUCAACAUGUGCUUUAUACAUUAAGAAAUUAAUUAUUUACUGUAGAUAUUCCUCAGAGAAAUCUGCCAUUGUCGGUGCGUGUUGUCGUUUGCUCUUUGUUUACGUGCAACAACCAACCCGCUCAGUCUGAGCGUACUCUCACAUCCACAACAAAUGUAAAAUUACACCAUGCUUCUUCGAGAAAGUUGCUUUCAUUGGCACGAGCUAUCAAGUGUGGUUAUAAUAUAGAACAUAAUGGCUCGGCGAUUGGGACGAUUGACACGAGAAUGCCAACAGUUGCGAGAAUCCCCACCAGCUGGAGUAUCUUGCUGGCCUGAGGGAGAUAACCUCGAUGUGUUCACAGCAGAAAUUGUUGGAGAUGAAGAUAGUGUGUAUUCUGGGGGAAUGUUCAGGCUUGAAGUGGAAGUCCCAGAAAGAUACCCCUUUUUGCCACCCAAAAUACGGUUUCUCACGAAGAUUUACCAUCCUAAUAUCGACUCUGCUGGGAGAAUUUGUUUAGAUAUCCUUAAAUUACCGCCAUCAGGAAGUUGGCGACCAGCCCACAACCUGGCCAGUGUCCUGAGCUCAAUACGUCUAUUAAUGUCAGACCCUAACCCAAACGACCCUUUAAUGACUGAAAUUGCAGAGGAGUACCAGUUACAGAAAUCACAGUAUGAAUCUACAGCUAGAGACUGGACUGUUAAAUACGCCAAAAAUUUUGUGGUGAAUAAACAAGAUGAACCACAAUCUUCAGCAGGGAAACGAAAAGCUGAGAGUGAUAGUGAUGACGAAGCCAGAGAGAAGAAGGUUAAAACAUAAAGGAGAGCAAGAGGCUCACGGCCAGACCCAGACAGGGUAGUCUUGGUGGGGGGGGAGUGUAUGGUUUACAUAAACUGCUUAAAUUAAAUUUUAUAAUAACUAAAAAAUUUACAUGAUAGGAUAAUAUUUUAAUUACAGUAUACAGAAAACAA